GGCAGGCACGAAUCGGGCACCAAAAGUGCCCAAUGCCUUUCCCCCUCCUACUACCGGUCUCCCGGGACCCAAUCCCUUAAAACCCCGCACCCGGCCUUUCACUCAAAGGGAAACCGAGUCCACAAGGGGAGGAGUGUUAGGGGAUCAUCCCCGGUCAAGGUACCGGCUACAUGCCCCCUCCGACCCCAAUACCAGGAGGGAGCCAGGCUUGAGCCCGGACCCCUGACCUAAGACCAGCCCCGGAGCCCCAGCCGAACCCGCUCCUCUUUUUUCGCCUAUGCUACAGAGCUGCCCGAAGCCAUGCCAGGGAAACAGGGCGAGGGGGACCCUGGAGAGGGAGACCUGGGGCUGGGGGACCUGACCCCCGAGGAGCUGAGCGAGGGACAGGCGGCCGCCCUGGUCCUGGAGGAGAUGCUGGCCCUGACGUCUCAGAGCCUGGUGCGGACCGAGAUCGGGGAGCUCUACCACGAGGUCCGCCAGCUGGGCCAAGGCCGCUUCGGCCGCGUCCUGCUGGUCUCCCAUCGCCGCAGAGGCUCGCUGAUGGCCCUGAAGCUCCUGCCCAAGGACCUGACCCCCCGGCACAGCUUCCUGUACGAGUUUUGCGUGGGACUGGCCCUCGGCUCCCACCCGGGCAUCGUGACCAACUUCGGCAUCGGCCUGGAGUCCCGCGACUGCUACGGCUUCCUGACCGAGGCCGCCCCGCUGAGGGACCUCAUCGCCUUCAUCCAGCCCAAGGCCGGCCUCCCGGAGCCCGCGGCUCAGCGCUGUGCGGAGCAGUUAGCCGCGGCCCUGGAACACAUCCACUCGCGGGGCCUAGUGUACCGGGACCUGAAACCCGAGAACGUCCUGGUAUUUGAUCCCGAGUGCCAGAGGGUCAAACUGGCCGACUUCGGCCACACGCGGCCCCGGGGAACCCUGCUGCGGCUGGCCGGGGGCCCCAUCCCCUACACGGCCCCCGAGCUCUGCGCCCCGCCCCCCCGCCCCGAAGGCCUCCCCAUCCAGCCCUCCCUGGACGCCUGGGCCCUGGGCGUCGUGCUCUUCUGCCUGCUGACCGGCUACUUCCCCUGGGAACGCCCGCUGCCCGACGACCCGUCCUACGACGACUUCGUGGCCUGGCAGGCGUCCGGCCUCCCCCGGGACCGGCCGCCCCCGUGGGCGGGCCUGGCCCCUCCGGCCACGCAGCUGCUGAAGGGGCUUCUGGCCCUGAGUCCCCGGGAGAGGAGGAGCGUGGGCUCCAUUCGAGGGUACCUGGGCAAGGCUUGGAGGGAGCCGGUCCGGGGCGGGGACGGCGAGGGAGGGCGGGGAGAGGAGGAGAACGAUGCACAGUGAGCGGGCUUGGGGCGAAGGGGCUGGGGUCUCCCACCCACGACCCCCCUCCGGGACCACUCUCUUGGGCUCCCGAGACGGGGUGAUGGGCAGCAGGGGCCUAGGGUGGAGAUCUCUCACUCCCUCCUCGUCUCUCAUUCUUCACCUCUGCCCAUCUCUCCCUCUUCUGUCUCUCUCUCUGCCCAUCUCUCUCCUUAUUCUUGUCUUUCUCCUUCGUCUGCACCUCUUCUUCUCCCUCUCCUCCGAAUCAACAGAUGUCUAUCGAAUGCCCCCCACUCGACUCUCCUCUCCUCGCCUCUCUACACCCCCUCCCCACUUCCUGGUCCCCGCCCUCCUUCUCCCUCCCGAUUCUCUCUCUUUCCAGUUAGAGAAUAAAGUCCCAUAGAGGGUUUCCUCUCA